AUGCAACCCUCCUCACCUAUCUCAUCAUUCAACAAAUUGCUAGGGGCUGCUGCCAAAACCAAGAAUUAUCAAGAUGCGAUUUUUAUGUACCAUAGGAUGGUUGAAGCCGAGUUAUUGACUGAUAUUAUUACGCAGAAUAUUUUGGUUAAUUGUUACUGUAGCUGGAAAAUGACUGCUGUUGGUUUUGCUGUUAUGGGUGGGAUUUUCAAGAGGGGAUAUAGUCCAAAUAUUAAUACUUUUACUUCAUUGAUUAAAGGGUUGUGUAUGGAAGAUAAGAUUGACUAUGCAAUUGUGUUGUUCCUUAAAAUUAUUGAAAUGGGGUUUCUACCAAGUGUUAUGAUAUGGAAUAUUUUGAUUAAUGGGUUAUGUAAGAGUGGAAAAGCAAAGGUAGCUCUUCAUUUGCAAAAAGAAGCCGAGAAUGGAAUGUCUUAUUUAAGAUUUAAGCCUGAUAUAAUUAGUUAUAACACACUUGUUCAAGGCCUUUGUAAAGAGGGGUUGUUGGAGAAUGUUAAACAAUUAUUGUUGGAGAUGAAGGGUAACGGAAUUCUGCCAAACUUGGUUUCGUAUAGUGGUUUAAUUCAUGGUUUGUGUGAAGGCGGUGAAUGGGAGGAGGCAAAGAGGAAGACCGCCGAAGCGACUGGAUUGUUGACCUUGAUGAUUAAGAUUGGUGAAGAGCCUGAUUGUUAUACAUUUAGUAUAUUGAUGAAUGCGUUCUGCAUGGAGGGUAGGAUUGAUGAUGCAAGGGACUUAUUUGUUUUGAUGGAGUAUGAAGGCCAUAAGCUAGGUGUUGUAAUCUAUAACGUGUUAAUUAGUGGGUAUUGCAAGUGUCACAAAUUGGAGGAUGCCAUGAGCCUUUUUGAGGAAAUGAUUGUCAAAGGCUGCAAGCCGAUAUUAAUUAUUUUCAACAAUUUGUUAAACGGUCUAUUUCAAGUAGGUAAAGUUGAGGAAGUGCGGAAACUUUUUGCAAAAAUGAAAGCCCAUGAAGUGAUUGCAGCUUCUGCUACUUAUAGAAUAUUAUUGGAUGGGUUCUUCAAAAAUAAUUGCCUCCUAGAGGCAAUUGAGCUUUUUCUGAUUUUGGAAAGAACUGGCGCUAAACUUGGCAUUGAAACCUAUAAUUGUGUCCUUGAUGGAUUGUGUAGAGGUGCUGGCAGUGAUGGUGGAUCUGGCGGUGAUGAGCGUGGUGGUGUUAGUGUGGUGGAUCUGGUGGCGGUCAGCAUGGCAAUGAGUUGUUGA